AUGAUUAAUGACAAUAAUAUUCAUAACGAUGGUCAAUUUGGCACUGCUGCCUCGGGUGUUUGCGGUAGUGGCGAGAUUUUGAGAGAGGAAAGAGAUGUGGCUGUUGUUACAACUAAGUUCAAGUCACCAUCACCGCCACCACAGAAACAGAAACAGCAACAGCCAAAUAGUGGCAAAGUAGAUAUUGAUGACCAUAUUAAUUCAAUGUCACAGUUUGUUUACUUGGAGGCAGCAGAAGCAGCAGGAAGACAGGAGGAUAAGGAUGAGAAGAUGAAGGUGAACAAAAGAGAUCAAGAAGGCGCAUCAUCACUUGAUAUCAUGUCAGUACAAGACAACGAAGAUUUGAACAAUGAAUUUAAUGAAUUUAUUGAUAUUCCUAACUUAGUAUCCGAUAAUGAUUCAGAUGAAGUGAUUACCGUGCUGACAAAAAGUGGCGGUUAUUGGAAUCAACAGAGAUCAUUACAACCUACUCCGGUGUCCACAACUAAUCAAAAUGACUCGGUGACAUCACCACAUCCAGUACAACUUCAACAACAACCACAACAACCACAAAGAACCAUUCAUCAGCAAGUCCAACAUUUGAAGAGACAAUCUCAACGUGCUAUUGGUGGAGCCAACCCUCAUAUCAAGCAAAAUAUCAUCAAUAGUUUACAGCCUUACUUGAAGACUAACUCUGGCAUUUCACCAGAACAAUUUAAACAUCAACGUACACAAUUAAUGACUAUUAUAGUGAAAUAUGUUGCCACCAAGAUCUACAAUACAUUUCCACCAGAAACUCCCAAGAGAAGAGACUCUUCAUCUCCAUCUUCACCUACCGCAACAACAGCUCCCAAAACUUCUCAAACAAAUGAUGAAUUACCAUUGGAUAAAUUCUUGUUACUAUUGACCAGUAGAUUAAGAGUAUCAUUGACAACUUUCUUAAAGGCAAUAAUUUACUUAUUCAGAUAUAUGGAUAUCAUAUACCUUUUGAGAUAUCUCAACCAAACUAACAAUUUUGUCAAUUAUAAUGAUAUGGGAUUUGAAUUGAAGAAAUUGAUUGUGGGAUGUUUCAAAUUGACAAUCAUCAAAGAGAAUAGAGUAUCUCCCAGAAAAUUGCAAGUGAAUUGGCAACAUGUGACUGGGUUGAGUAAUCAAGAAAUCAAUUCAAUUGUUAAACAAUUGGUGAAUCGUAUGAAUGGGAAAUUGAAUAUUAAAGACGUUGAAGUGGUGAGAAUGAAGAAUGAGAUGUAUAGGUUUGUUAACCUUUGCUUAUAA